GGCUGUCAUGUGUUCUGUGGUUGUCAUCUUAAUGUCAAAUGUCACCCUUGUCAGCUGAUAAAUUUUGUGCUGUUGCUGGAUAAUUUAUUUGACGUGCAAGCCUGCAAAAAUAGAAAAUAUUUUAAGAGCUUUGAAAAGUAUAGUAAAUCCAAAUAGUUAGCUUUUUAUAGCAUUCUUGGCAAGUUUUAAAUUUCAGAAAUUCAUAGUUCCAAUAUAUCUCUUUUUUAAUAGAUAUUUGUGAUUUUAUAAUGACUGUUUAUUUGGCGUCAAAUGGAUGAAUCUUGUGGAAAAGUACUUUACCAUCUGUUUUACUACGAAUACCUCGAAAUUUAGAACAGCAAUAAUACAAGCUCCUAACCAAAUAUGGGGUCUUCAAAUGAAGAUAUUAUCAAAGCGAUUCAGCAUUAUCAAGGAAGACUAGAAAGAUAUAAUUUAAAUAAUAAAAGUGAAGAUAAGAUGUUAUAUGUUCUUCAAAAAUUAAGCAAACUUCCUAUAAAGACUUCACACUUAGAAACAACAGGUGUAGGAAGAACUGUAAAUGCUUUAAAAAAACUGAAUGGAAAGGUGGGAGAUUCAGCAAAAGACUUAGUUGUCUCUUGGAAAGAGAUGGUCUUGGAAGAAGAAAAAGCUGCUCAAGAUACUUCAAUGGAAACUGAAGAAGAUGCAGAUUCGACAUACUCAAGUGAUAAUGAGAUUCAAGCACUUCAUAUAGAAGAUGGAAAAGAAAAUGUUAAUAAUCAGUCUGAUAAUGAAAGUGAUAGUGAGGAAUAUAGUCAUAAGAAAGAGGAUUCUACUAAAAGCAAACAUCAAAAUUAUUUAGAAAACAAAACUAGUAAAUAUAAAGAACUUGAUAAACAUAGUGACAAGCAUUAUAAUGUAACUAAUUCAUCAAACUCCGAUGAAGAGGAAUCUAACAAACCUUCUAGAAAAAGAGAACAUUCUACUGAUUCUAGUUCUGAUGAAAGAAGUAGACAUAAUUUAAAGAAAAACAAAAGAGAAUCUGAAAAUUCUAGUAGUAAUCACAAAGGUAAAGAAAAGUCUACAAGGGUUGAAAAAGAAAAAAGACAUGAAAAUAAAGAUCGGCACAAGAAUAAUGAUGAUAUGUCAAAAUCAAAAAGAGACCCAGAACAGUCAAAUCACAAAUCAGAAAAACGCAGUAAACAUGAAGAUAAGACUGAAAAAGCUAGUCAUUCUUCUAAACAUAAAUCUAGUUCCGAUUCUCAUUCUAGCAAGAAAGAGAGUAGAAAUAAAAAAGAAAAGGACAAACAUAAGUCUAGAAGAGAAAGUUCAAGUAUUGAAAAGAAGGUAAAAGAAAGUAGUAACGAUGAGAAGACUAAAUCAAAGAACUCACAUUCAAGCUCCAGGUCUCAUUCAAAAGACAAGCGUAAUAGUGAAAACGGAGAAAAGAAAAGUCCAAAAGAAAAAGUCAAGAAAGCUUCAAAAGAAAAAAUUAUUAAUGGUAUUGACUCUGAAUCUGGAGCUAGUUUUGCCGAAGCACUAGGUAUGUGUGGGCCCGUUUCUAGUCAAAGUACCAAGAAGAAGCCUAGUUCAGAAAAGAAACCUUCUAGUAGUAGUUCAAAGUCUAAACAUGAAGAAAGCAGCAGUAGCUCAUCUUCAAAACCUAUACCAGAUUUGUUGGUUGAAGAACCUCGUGAGCCUUUAAACAUAUGCCUAUCUAACCUAUUACCUGAAAUCACUCCUAACUAUAAACCCACUCCUAUAAUUUUAGAUUCACAACUUAAAAAGGUUUAUAAUGAUGAUGAAGCUUUAAGCAGGGUUAUGUCCAAUAAAAACCAAAGGACAAAGGUGUAUUCAGGAAACAAAACUGUUGGAAAAGUGGAGAGUUUAUUCCAGAUCUGUGUACGAAUACUGCAGGAGCAUAUAGAUGCCUUAGAGUACACAGGAGGAGUACCAUAUUUAAUUCUCAAACCCAUCUUAGACCGAGCAACACCCGAUCAAUUGUUCAAUAUGGAACACCAUAACCCUUACUUAAUUGAAGAAACAGAUGAAUUAUGGCAACUGCAUUGCCAAAAAGAUUUUAGGACUAAAAAACGGGAGGAACUGGAAUCUUGGCGGGAAAUGUAUAUGCGUUGCUUGGAUGAAAGGGAAGCGAGAUUGAACUUUAUCACUGCAAAUAUUAAGCAGUCUCAAGACAAGUCUGAACCGCUUAGGACUACGAAAAUGGCAUAUAUUGAUUCGGGAUUUGUAAAACCACCAAGGAAUAUAGCUAGGAAGCAGGCUAAAAAUGGCACUGUGACAACAGACAGAAAAAUGACACCAACACAAAAAUUAUCAGCUUUGGCAAAAUCUAGUGAUGCAACAGAAAAAAUUGCUGUUUCUAGUACACCCAGUAGAGCUCCAGAACGAUCGAGUAGUUCUGCAGCAAUGAAACCCAAAAAGGCACCACUGAUGGCAAAGACUUUAUCAUUCCUCAAAAACAGAUUCAAAAGAUGAGGACCUCAUAAAUUGACUGUUCUAAGAUUAUAUAUAAUUUUGUAAUAUUAUUAGGAGUAGAGCGGUGUUUGGACGUAGAAUAACCAAACAUUUGGUUUAAAUAUAAAUGUAGAAAUAAAUUGAAGCAAACAUUUUGUACUAUUGAAAAAUACUGGAAAUGUUUAAAAAUCGAUUUUUUUUAAUGCAAAUAGUUGGUUUUCAACUAAUUUUACACUUUGACAAUUGUUUGAAUGAUUUCAAUGUAAAUAAAUAUCUGUGUUGAACAUAGAAUUAUCUUUAUUAUAUUUAUAGAUCACACAUUCAGGUUUACAUAGAGUGUCAUACUUAGAAAAGUACAAAAUGAUAUGAUUAAGUAGAAGCUAGUGAAAUCAUUUUAUUUACAUUUUUAUAGAUAUUUUACGAAUUGUUUAUUCGAAAGAGAUUAAGUAAUACAAAUAUCCAAAACGAACAAUUGAAUUCCAAUAAAUAUUUUUUCAAUUUAAAUAGUACAAGAAUCAAAAUCGAAUGAUUUUUUAACGGCCUUUGAUUCAAGAGGAUACUACAGCGAAAAGUAAAACCGUUUAAAUUCAAAUUAAACGAAUAUAUAUUUAAAAAAAAAAAUGAGACCAUUACUUAUUUUUAAAUAUGACACUCUGUUUGAAAACUGUGCCUCUUACACAUACAUGUUGUUUUAUAAAUUAUUUUUCUAUAAGUGAAAUGCUUCAAUCUAAAAUCCACCAAAAUUACUUUCUCAUUACUUUUAGUACAUUACUUUUAUUGGUAUGUUGCUUUGAACUCCUUUAAUCUAAUAUACAAAUUAUUAAUUUAGUUGAGCAUGUAUAUUAUUUAGACGGGAUAUGAUAUUAACCACCGUUUUUCUAAAUUUGUUAAAAGGUUGGUAAGCAAAACAGAAUUCUUCUAUUUUUUUUAAUUUUAUCAUCUGUUUUUAGACGUAAUUGAAUAAUUAAACAGCAAUGUUAAACAUUUUAUAUUCAAAUGAAUUUUUCAGGGUUUUUACUUUUUUUGAUCAAAAAUUGUUUGGAUGCUAGUAUACAGGGCGAUUCAUUGGAAAACUAAAGCUAUUCGUAGAAAUAUUCUUGAAUUCGAGGGGGUAGAAAAAAGGUUUUUCUUCUUUUUACCUACAGCGUACAAAAUUUGUAUUUCUACCCUCAGGUUCAUGAAUUGAUAUCCAGAGAACAUCUACUUUGUUCUAAAUAGACUUUUUUUAACGUGUCUAUUCAUAUGGGCUCUCUGUCAUAUAGAAAAAUAAACUAUUCAUCGGUAGCGUGCUUGCGCAUACUUAUUUUCCCUCCUGAAGAAUAGAAUGUUCUAAACAUUAGUCAUCUUAGUGAUAUUAUGCAAACGAAGGGAAAAAUUAAGAGGUAAAAAAAUGUAUUUUUAGUUGCUUUAGUUAAAAUAAUUAUGGAAAUUGCAGAAAUAUACUAUUAGGUGUGGGUAUUGUUAUUAUUGUGUAAAAUUCCAAUUGAUUUGACCGUGGGCACGCUUCUUCAAUUUCUAGAUCAACAACUCUAAUAUGUCUAAAAUUAUUAAGAAACUAAAAAUUUUAAUGAACAUUAACAUUUUGACUCAAAGAAUAUCUCGUUAAAGAGAGAAUGUCAAAUAUAAAAGUUUUUUGGUCUACAGAGGUGUCUAUUGUAAAAAUAUUUUCCAAAAAGCAAGACAACAUAAAAACAUUUUCUUUUAAAUGGUGCACCCUGUAUUUUAUUUCUGAAUUCUACUAAAAAAAGUACUUUUGUUUAAAACACCAUAUCUCUAAAUUCAAUUGUUUUCAAGCUUUUGACAUUCGAAAAUUUUCUUUUUCACACUUUGACAAAAUGUAGCACCCAGACGCCUGAAGUAAGGGUAAAACUGUUUACAUGUACAUGCUAACUUUUGGUUUAAGUUAAUCUAAAAAAUAAUCUAACUUCCGGUUAAACAGGAAGUGGAUUAUUUUAUUGCAUAUUAUUACGAUAAAGUAUAAAAAACUAAGACGGAGAUCUGUGAAUCGUUUUACCCUAACUUCAACCGUUUGGAUGCUAAAGCUUGUCAAAGAGUGAUAAAGUUAAUUUUCAAUUGAGUUUAGACAUAUUGUGUUUCAGACAAAAAUACUCAAUUGUUUUAGUAGAAUUCAAAGAUGAAUUAAAAUACAAUCAAUUUAAAAAAAAAUAUUCUACCUUGCUUUUUGGGAGCACCCUGUAUAUUGGAAAAUAAUUUUACAAUAUGUGCCUCUUCGAGACGUUUAUAUUUUGUAUUUGAAAUUUUCUCGUAAUUUUCAAAACAACCGAGAUAUUGGAUUUCUACACAUUAAUGGGCCACCCUGUAUAUUUAACAAAUCAUAUUUUAUGCUUCUGAGCACUUGAUUAUUUAUAUUUUCCUCCAUGAACACAUACGUAAUAUUGUAGUAAACAAUAGUAGUUUGUGCAACAAGAGUGGAUAUAAUGGCCACAUUGCAUGAAGACGAAGUUUGAGCACGACUCGAGUUGUACAACAUAUUUAUUCUACGAACCACUAACGAAAUCUACAAAUUUAAAAAAAUAUUUUUGGUUUUUAAGACAAAAUAACUAAUUUUAAAAGAAUUUUACUAAUUUAUAAAAUAAAAUAAAAAUGAAAAAAAAAAAGAUUUAAUUUAUUUAGUCUCCAGCGCAGAUUCGAUCCUGUGCUUUUUGCGUGGAAGGCAGAAGCUCUGUCCUCACCUCCACCGCCAGUUUUAGGAUUUCAGUUUUAAUACUCGUAAUUAGAUUAGUUUCAUAUAGUUUCAUUAAAAUUUUUUUUUUUUUUUUUCAAAAUAUGGACCAAAUAAAAAUGCUAUUAUUUAUCGAUUCUACACAAAAAUAACUCAUUUUAAAAGUAUAUUUAAUCUCAAUAACUAAAAAAUAUACUGAUAAUUAGUUUGACAGAAUUGUCACUCAUUUAAAAUUUUAAAAAUAAUAGUAGUUGAGUGUCCAAAAUAUGAACUGUGAUUGGUGGAUUUCACUACCUAGAAUGGAUAUGAAAUAUAUUCGUUCAGUUGAACGCAAUAACAUACUUUUUUGUUUUGUAGUCUGUGCGUAGAUUAACUAAUAUCCAUGUGGGCGUAGAAAAAAAAACGUAUUGGUUCCAUUCUAUUUUUGUACCUUGUAAUUAAUUUUGCCUAAAGUUUUUUGCGAGACACGAUUAAGCUGAAUAAAUUUUUUCGUUGACACGAAUACAAUACUUUUCAUACGAUUGGAACGUAGUUUUUACCAAGUUUUCCCUUAUGGUUAUCUAACAUCAAUAUUUAUGACGAAUUUAAAUAGUAAACUGUAGGUAGAUAUUGUUUUAAGGUUAAUAAUUUGCAACUAAUAAAAGUACUGAUGUUUUGAACAGAAUUCUAUUCUUCGAGGCGGAUAAUGAGCAUGCGCUAGUAUAUUUUUCUAUCUGACGGAGCGCUCUGAUGAAUAGACACGGCCUUUAACAUAUAUGACACAUAUUUUUCCUCUAAACGGUUCAAGUAAUUAAGGAAAUACUUGGGUACUCAAAACACCACCUUGUAUAUGAUAAUUUUUAAAAUCUCUUCAUAAAUAAAAAAAAAAUCUGAUCUAAACAACAUGUGUCUGUUUUUUUGCACUUACAAUUUUUUUACUUAAAUUUUAAAAUUAAUUUUGGGCCAUUUUAGGUGGUAGAAAAUGAAAUAAGACUAAUUAUUGCUGAAUUAUAAAAAAUGUUCAAUCUAAAGUUAUUCAAAAUCCAAAAUUAAAAUUUAUAAGAAGAAUGAAUUGCACAAUAGGUACUAAAAGAUUGCAAGUUCUUGGACCAACCUGUCUUGUGUUCCAAUGUUUCUCAGUUAGAUAGCAUGUGUUUGACUGUUCCUGAUUUAUUGUUCUUCAUUGUAUUUGAAUCAGGUGUACUUGUACUGGGACAUACCUAGUCAUCACGAGUCCUGUUAUGGUUUUCAAUUGGUUCCUAUUCAUAGAGAGUAGUUCUUUUUUUUAACAUGGUCUUUAUGAAAGUUUUCUUACGUGCUUGUUUUGGGACAUUCUCCCAAUAACGGUUAUGUUUUUUCCGAACUCGAAUCUUUUCUGAAACUUCGAAAUAGUUUUUUGAUAAUAUUAUAGAUGAAAGAUGAAAAUAUAUUACAUACACAGUACAUAGUCGAGAGUACAGAAAGUGUUUAACAAUAGAAAUGUAAAAGAAAAACAAGACACAGCAUAUCAGUCCAUAUACACAACAAAUUACUAAAAUUUUAUUAAAAAAAAAUACCACUGUUUUUUAUUGCAGUUGCAUUUAUUACGAGUCUAAAAUUUGAUUAGUAAAAUUGCAUACGUGAAAAACAAAGUAUGCUCUUUAAAUCAGUGUUUUGUGCCAUUUUAAAAUAUGUAAAAAAAAUUUAUAAAUUCGGAUAUACCAAGUGUUGUUUUGGGUACAAGAAUUGAUUAAAGACUUGCCUUUCGCAUCACAUUAUUCCUUUGAACUUUUUUAGGAAAAAAAUGUGUGCCAAAUGUUAGAAAAGUAUUAAAGGUUAUUCGUUAAUUGUGAAGUAAGAAGUGGACACGUUGUAUAAUAAUAAUUAUAAUAAUAUCCAUUGUUUUGUAGAAUUUAUAUUUCUAUAACGAUCUAUUUUCGGUUAUGAAGGAUGUAAAACCCAUAAAGUACUGAAUAUUUAGAAUCAACUGUUUGAUGAUGAAACACCCUGUAUAAUCUAAUUAAGAUAGAUUUUAUGAAACAUUGAUUGAUAAAAAUAUUUUAAAUUCUAUUGUUUUGUAUAAUGGGUUAACAAGCCCUCAAUGAUUUUAUUACUAAUUGAUGCGUUUCUAUGAACCUGUUCAUAAAGACGUUCUUUUGACAUAAGGGCGGGAAAGUACAAUGUUAGCCACAAUAAUAUUUAUAUCAAUAGGAUGAUCAGACUUUUAAUAAAUAAAUUUUAUUGACACUAUUUUUUUAAUAGGUAUAUAUUUUAUUUUGUUUAAUUGAUAAUUAUUUUGUUUUCGCAAUUAUUUUUAUCCUAAAUUUGAAACAAAUUUUCAAAUACAUGCGUUUUUAUUAUAAAAGAAGAAAUAUGCUGUUAUAGUAAUUUAAAAAAAAUGUCUGUAGUGAGGUAUGGAAAACAAACUUUGAAUUAAUCACCUUUAACGAGUAAAAUUCUGAUCCAACAAAUAAUAAAUGUGAUACACAAAUAUCUUUAUAGUGACGAAAAGUCGCUAAAAUGUCUGUUAUAGAACAUAAAAUUUUCUUUAUCUUUACCUAAAAUUAAACUUAGAUAAAGGUAAUAUUCGACUAGCCUGAGUUGGAUUGUCAUAUUGAAAAUUACGCUAAUGAGUCAGUCCAAUUUGUUGCCACGUAGUUUAUUUAGAUUAGAUGAAAUUAAGGUUUUAACUGGCAACUCAGCACUCGAUAUGAGACCUACUUUAGUGUGAUUUACAUAUAUAUAGUUCAAUUAUGAAACAGUUUGCAGUAAUGACAAGAAUACCAUGUGUCAUAUAAGUUAUAUUUUACGAGGUUAGGUGGUAGAGGUUGAAAGAAAAUUGAGCUUUAUUGUCAGAUGUAAAAUAAUUUACACAUAUAUAAUUGGAAAGUAUAAAAAACUAUCAUAGUACUUCAUAAAAUUCAAGUAUUGUAAUUUACUGUUGACAUAAAUAAUCUUGAGUUAAUACAGUUCUUUUAUUUAUCAUUGAAUAUAAAAGCUUAUGAAAUAAUUCGAAAACAGUGACGUCAAUGUUGGGAGAAAAACGAUAUUGGUACUGCUAGUGUAAAACUACUCUUUUCUCCUUCUUUGACGUCAUUGUUUUUAGCUUAUUUCAUGUUGUUAUUUAUAAUACACGUUUGAUGACUGACUCGAGGAACUAUAUUAAUAGUAUUAUAAACCUUUAAUUGGCAUAAUUCAAAUGAACGAAGUAGAUGUUGCAUAUAUAUUGCAACUUUGUUGCUGCAUACAAUUUCAUAAUUGAAGUGUAAACAACU